GCCCUCCUGAUCCAAGUGAAAAAGACUUUGCACCAUGAGUUCUGGAUGUUAACACUGCAGACAAUGCCAUUAUUCUUCACACAAAGCCAGAGCCCACAAUUUUCACCUAUGACAAUGUAGCAGAUGCUGACACCACACAGUGGCCAGACUGGCUCAGGAAAAAGUUUUACUAUGUUUGGUCCCUCUGAGAACUUGGAAAGCUCAUGGUGUGAUUCCCAGAAGUUUGGAGUAUCUCUUUAGUGUAAUAGCUCACCAACAAGAUCAUGGCAGUAAAAAACAGUAUUUGUGUCACUGCUCCUUUUUAGAAAUCUAUCAAGAGUAAAUCAAGAGCAAAUCUUUGAUCUUUUGGAUACAGCUUCACAAGGUAUUUGCUUAUGUGAGAAUAUGAACAAAGGUGUCUUUGUAGAUGGACUCAUUGAGCAAGUUAUCUGCAACCCAAGAGAUGCUUAUCGUGUAUUCAAGCCAUCAUUGAGUUAAUUCUAGUUUUACACAUUUUUGUUUUUUGUAAGAUUUUUCUUGAUAAUAAUAUGCCUGAAUUGAGCUUUAAAGGAAUGGAACAUACUUUGUUGUCUUCAGUUACUAAUCAAGGGCUGGUUGAAUCGUAGAGUAGCUGCAUCGUCCAUGAACAGAGAGGGUUCACGCUCACAUGCUGUUUUUACAGUUAAACUAGAGUCAAAGGAGGAAGUAGGUGGUUUCCAAAAAAGCAAUAUAUCACAGAUAAAUCUAAUUGAUCUGGCAGGAUCAGAGAGACAGAAAGCUACCAACACUGAAAGCACUCGGCUCAAAAUCUCCAAAAAUAGAGGAUUUGAAUCUUUCUUUCAAAGAUUAUCAAAAAAAUCUUUUUACAGGAGGAUUCAUUUAAGAAAUUGUAUGCUGUCAUUAGUAAACUUCAACAAGAAAAUCAAAACUUGCUGGAAAAGUUGAACUUUAUGAAUCACUUAGAGAAUCAUGAAUCUCAGCUGACAGCCAAAGAAGAAGAACUGCAAAGAGUGAACAUGACUCUUCAGAAAUUUGAAAAAGACAACAAAGUUUUACAAGCUGUGUUGAAGCACACAGAAGUUUGUGAGCAGAAAGCUCCUGAAGUGCCAAAUUUUCAAGUUAUUAAGAAAAUUGAAUUAGCCUAUAGCUGCAAGAUGGAAGAGUUCGAGAGGUCAAUCUUUGGCAAAGAUAAAAAAGUAGCAGAGUUAUUAUUUGAAGUAGCAAAAUUAAAAGAGGAACUUCACCUUGCCAGGGAAACACAUGCAUCUGUUUUAAAAGACAGGAAUUGCAAUAAAAUGGGUGCUUCUGAGGCUUUUCAAGAAUUUCAGAGUGCUGUGCCUAUGCAAGGAGGUGCUAUUGGUGAGCCUGGAGAGAGAAAGUCAUCUUCAGAAAAAAAUGGCUCGGUUAGAGGAAGAACUCUAAUAAAAGAAACAAAAAUGCCAGAAAUAAAUGAACAAUCUUGGAGAAGUAAAAAAAAGUGAAUGAACUAAUAACAUCCUUUUAAAGAGUCACUGUUUUUGUAAAAGCAGUAUAAAGUUUGUUUUUUUAUACCAAUCAAUGGUUAUAAUUCAAAUGAAAGCCACUUCAUUCUUCUUAAAAAAUCCAGUACAAGAGAUACAGUACUUGUAAGCAUGUCAAUGAUUGGUUGAAUCCUACCAGUAUUUGAAUUAACAUAUAUUUUAGUUUGAUGCCCAAGAUUGGCAUUGACUCUAGACAAAUAAUUGUGUUUAUACACAGUUUGAUUGUAAAAGAAAUAUGUCGAGAUAUUUUUGUUAAGAUUUUUCUUAAGUUCAAGCUACUACACUCUUUUAGUCAAUAAGUUCUACAAUGGAAUUUAAAAAGAUGUUUAUGAAAAUUGUCUUUCAUUUCACUAGCCAUUUGUUUCUCAUAAAAAUUGUGGAAUUGAAAAUGUCUGUUACAUGUGCUUCUAUAUCUAAUAUUUAUGAAUAUAUAUAUAUAGAGAGAAUAUCCUCUGCUUAAAAGUAUGCUUUAUUGGAAUAUGUUUGAUGUCAAUACUUGUAAUAAAAUGAACAAGAGGUGUUUCACUCUAGUAGCUUAAAUUUUCAUAAGUUAUGAACUAGAGGCCUUAAAUCAAAUUUACUACUUUUGGAUAAAUUUGUCAUCUCUGUAACUGUAAUGUAACUAGGCCUCAAUGUUUCCUAAAUUGAGCAAAGAGAAAGAGCAUCCACAUUUAUCUUUUUUCUAGAAAGAACAAAAAUAAAGCUCAAAUAUUUCUCCUAUUUUGACACAAAUUAAGAAAAAUAAUAUGACCAUUUUUGUAGGAGCUCGCAAGGUUGAAUUUAUAGGUAGGCUAUUUAGGCAUGGUUGUAUUUUACACAGCUACAACUGUAUUAAUACAUAAAUAAGCUGUCCUAUUGUAAAUAUGUACUGUACAUAAAGAAUUAGUUAUUAGAAAUAGCUAUUUGAUCUUCAUGUAUUGUCUUGAAUCCUUUUUUUUUUUUUGUUGGUGUUUUGAUUUUUCUGAAUAACUUAUAUGUUAAACUACUUGUAUAAUAUGUUUGUAAAUAUUCAUAUCAAAUAAUUUCUAUUGCUGUUUAUUAUGACAGUCUUAAGUUUAAGGAAGUUGGAAGUUUUUUUUAUUAUCAACACAGACCAUGAGCUCUAUUAUAACUGUCUGUCUGGUCUUUUAGUUUUUCUUUGGGUCAUCUUUGUUUCAUUGUGGCAGUCUGUAUUUAUAUUUAGUGUAUUCUUGCCAUUUUAUGCCCAUAAUUGAACCCAGACUCCUUUGGUUCAAUCCUUCUAGCACCCUUAAAUGCUUUGCAUGUAGCUGCCAAAUCUGAGAGCCAUAAUGAAGUGCUUCGAGGCCACUGCCUGGGUAGAUAUGUAACUAUUUAUCUAUCACGUAAUUGCAGAAGUUUGGGCCCUCUGAGUCCACCCAGCUCUAAUGGGUACCUGGCAUUAGUUGAGGAAAAAUAAAGGCGGUUGGUCAUUGUGCUGGCUACAUGAUACCCUCGUUAACUGUAGGCCACAGAAUCAGAUGACCUUUACAUCAUCUGCCCUAUAGAUCACAAGGUCUGAAAGGGGAACUUUACUUACUUACUUACUUAAUUGCAGAAGUGUUGUACAUAAAAACAUUCCGUACUCAAGUUUAACUGCCAUUAGUUAGAAUCAAUAUCUUAAAUAGAAUAAGGUGUAAUUUUUAACAUUAAGCCACAGAAAUGUGACCCUACAAUGACUAUGCUACGAGUAGUAGUUGUUAUUUAUAAUUAUAGCAAUCAAUUUUUUUAUAUUAGCUGAUAUUUUAUUUCUUCCAUGGAUUAACAAGAAUUGGUCCUGUUACUUUUCAUAACAUUUGUCAUUACACCACAACUGAUGCUUUACUGAACAAAAUGUUCUAAUGAGUGAAAAUAAAGUUAUUUAUUUUCUAA